AUGACCGAUAUCCAAGGCCAAACGCCGUUUUUCUAUGCGGUCGAUAGGGGGAACAAAGAGAUUGUAAAGAAGCUUCUUGAUGACACACGGCUAGACCCUAAUUUAGCUUCUGAAGGUUUCUCACCCCUGGCAAAUGCAUCAGCCAGAGGUUCAUUGGAAUUACUGGAGAUGCUCUUGUGUGACGAGCGUGUGAAUGUUAACAACCAAAACCUCGGUUACCCAAGUCCAUUACUCUGCGCAGUGUUCAGAGACAAUGAGGAAAACUGUCUUCGGUUGCUAUGCGCACCCAACAUCAAUGUCAACUGCUGUUUGGGUACUAUAAGUGCACUGAUGUGGGCAAUCGUACUUAAGCGAACCACAGUUGUGGCUGAACUCCUAAAAAAGGAUCAUAUCGAUGUGAAUUACCAAGAUAAUGCUGGUCGAAUAGCGCUAAUGCUCGCUAUAGAAGAGGGAAACGACGAAAUAUCCAUGGGCUUGCUGAGUAGAAAAAAUAUUAACCUCACACUUGAAGAUGUUAAGGGAGAGAGAGCAGUGGACUAUGCAUUGAAGUCAGGUAACUCAAAGACGCUGAGAGAGAUCAGAAAUAGGUUAGCCGGCUCUAAUUAA